AUGGAAGAUUUUGAUGAUUUAGUAAAUAGAGUAACUCCAGAUAGACCACGUGGUUGGAAUCAUUUGGGAUGUGAUAUAAAAAAAUUAAGUCAAGUUAAAUCUGAAUUAGAACAAGGUAAAGCAUUACUAGAAGAAGAAAAAAAGGAAUUAAUUGAAAAAAAUAGUAAUUUAAAUUUACAAAUUUCAAAUAUGAACCACCUAAAAACCUUUAAAGAUGCCAUAGAUUUAGUUUACUCAAAUUUUUCUAAAAUAGACAUUAAAGAUGAACCAUGUUUAAAUUAA